CCGACAGUGGUCUUCUAAUAGGGGAUCGUCUUCUAUUAUGGGGGGGGUGGGGGGUUAGGUCGCAUGUUCGAAUCUCCGUAAGUACAUCUUCAAUACUUGUCUUUCUUUCAUGUCAGUUAAGCUCUUCUACUCUCCUUUUCAUCUCUAGUAACCAAAAUUUAGUUCAACAAAAAAAAAACUUUUUGAGAAAAACAAUUAAAUUUAAGAACUUUAACAAAACGCGUUCAGACGCGGCUAGACGUGUUUUACACAGACGCGUCCAGAUAGCGUCAAAUGGUGCGUAUUCGCACUACCUCGACGCGUCUAGAUGAAACGCGUUUACCCAAGCGUCAAAAAAAAAUCUAGUAUCGCCCUAUUCAUUUAGAUUACUAGAUUUUUACUCGAUUGCAACUACUGUGUAACGACAGUGGAAAUCUAGUAACAGGACGAUUACUAGAUUUUUUUCUGGUUGCAACUUUCGAUUUAUCGCCCGAUAAUCGAUUGAUUUAACUGUUGCUAGAUGUACAUGCAGACGCAUCUAGUUAAAAGUCUCUUUUCCAACUAGUAAUCUAGAUGGCAACUAGUCGUGUAUCGCUCGAUUAUAGAAGGAAUGUAUCUAGAUUUUUCUCAUAGGUAAUAUUUGCGUGGGUAGACGCAUCAGCAUAAGACGCGUCCAGAUAGCGUCAAAUGGUGCAUAUUUGCACCGUUUUCUGAUGUGCGUAGCAGUGAUGCUGCACAUAGUUAACACUUUUGCUUAUCUUUUUCGUAAUUUCAGGUGAUGAAUCCGUCUGUGACGAUCAGUUACAGGCGAUAAAUGAAGCCGACGAAUUAGAAAAAGAAGGAGUAGCUACAGGAACUCAUGAUAGUGUUAUAUUAGUUGGCGAUGAAACAGGAGACGGUCGAUUAGAUUCGAAUCGUGGACCUGAAACGUUUUCUGGAAAUCCAUCAACUUCAAAUAGUUUUGCAAAAGUUAAUAUUCAAUCAUGUCAAACUCCACGUUCAUCGCAACAGAAACUAACAGAACGACAGGGUGCUAAUAAAGAAAAUCAUAGUUCUCAAUUGAAAGCAGCUGAUGAAAUUCAAGCUGAAAUUCCAAAACAAAAACAAACACUGAAGGAACAAAAUUUACGAAUUGAAUUUGAUAGAAACAAACGAAAAACUUCAAGAGACAGCAGCGAGCAACAUGAUCAGUCGAUGAUAACACCCCCAAAACUUAUACGUACAGCAACAGCACGGUUGCUACUUUGUGUUCGUUCAUCAAUGACAAAAUCGGCCAGAGAAAUUGCCAAAAUCGUUUUAACUCCUGAAGAUAUUGCAGCAUAUAAGAAUAAAGACGAUAUUAGUUUUGGAAUCCGAGGAGCAAUACAUGCAUUCGUACGAAAGUGCCAUUCCGCUGAAGUGUGCAGUGAUCGUCAGCUGAAUGAAGCAAUUAGAAGUGCAAUCAGCAAUGAGAAAGAAAAAAUGAAUCCAAAACGAGUAGAAACAAAUUAG